AUGUUCUUCAAGGUCGCGGUAUUUUCAUGCCUUUUGGCUCUGGCCUAUGGAAGUGUGCCAGUUGCCUACACAGCCCCAGUUGUUGCUGCCAAGCUUGAAGAAUUUGACUCCUUCCCCCAAUACCGAUUCGGAUACAACGUAGCCGACUCACUUACUGGUGACUACAAGAGCCAACAGGAACAACGGGAUGGAGACCUAGUCCAAGGCUCAUACUCUGUCGUUGAACCUGAUGGCACUCGUCGCGUAGUAGAAUACGCUGCUGACUCAGUAAACGGUUUCAACGCCGUUGUUCGAAAGGAACCUUUAGUAGCUGCGGCCCCUGCCGUUGUAGCUGAGCCUAUCCCUGCCCGCAUCGCCGCUGCUCCUGUGGCUGUCGCCGAACCUAUCGUUGCCGCCAAGGUUGCCGCUCCUGUUCAACCAGUUUUCGCCCGCUACGCUUACGCUCCAGCUGAAUACUACAGCAACGCUGCCGUUGCCGCAGCUAGAUACGCCGCUCAACCAGCCCCAGUAUUAGCAAGAUAUGCUGCUGCCCCUGUAGCCGCUGCUCCAGUAGUUGCCAGAUACGCUGCUGCACCCGUGGCUGCUGCUCCUAUUGCACCUGUGGUUGCUCGAUACGCUGCUGCUCCAGUAGCCGCUCCUGUAUUGGCCAAAUACACGGCACCUGCUGCUUAUACCGCCUCUGUAACUUCUGCAUACACAGCUCCUGUGGCAGCCGCGCAAGUGUUCUCAGCUCGUUAUGCCUCACCUCUAGCUGCUUACAGUCUGCCAGCGUACACACAAUAUGCUGUACCCGCAGCAUACACAGCGGCGGCGCCCGCUCGCCUCACUGCGCCCGCCCCAGUGGCAGCCGUAGCGCCUGCGCCCGCUAAGGUUGUUGAAAACGUCGCCGCCGGCUACAGAUACCCUUAA